ACCUGUGUUGACGAAAGGGAAGCCAGGAAAAAUUGGAACCGGGAAUAUAAUCAAGAGAUGGAAAAGGUCGGUCCUUGAUUACCAAUGGCCAGACAAGUCCCGUGCUUGCUUACAAAUAGACGCUUCUCCUCCUCCAACCCCGAAAUCCCAUCCCUUUACUCCUUCCUUCAACCGUCUAUCUUUGCCCUUAAAAGGAACCCUUCAGUUUCUCCAGAAGCCAUCGAACUCCCAACUUCUCCACCUCGUUCCCUCACUGCUGACCAAAUAACUGCCCUUCAAAAUACUCUUCAGAAGUCUCUUAUAAGCAGUGACACAGAUGAAGCAUGGAGGUCUUUCAAGACUCUUACAAACAACUCAGCCUUCCCUAGUAAGUCAAUCACCAAUUCCCUCAUCACCCACUUGUCCUCACAUGGUGACAUUCAUAAUCUCAAGAGGUCUUUUGCAUCUGUAGUGUACAUGGUAGAGAAGAACCCUAAAAUAUUAGAUUUUGAAACAGUUCAUGGCAUGCUUGAUUCGAUGAAGUGCGCCAAUCUUGCAGCCCCUGCUUUUGCCCUUGUCAAAUGCAUGUUCAAGAACAGGUUUUUUGUUCCAUUCAGUGUCUGGGGCAGUGUGCUUGUUGAAAUAAGUCGGAAGAAUGGUAACCUAGCUGCUUUUUUACGCGUUUUUGAAGAGAAUUGUAGCAUUGCUUUGGAUGAGAAAUUGGAUUUCAUGAAACCUGACCUGGCUGCUUGUAAUGCAGCACUAGAAGGGUCUUGUCGUGACCUUGAAUCUGUGAGUGAUGCUGAAAAGGUCGUUGAAACAAUGACACUUAUGGGUGUUAGACCAGAUGAAUCCAGCUUCGGAUUUCUUGCUUAUUUGUAUUCAUUGAAGGGGCUUGAGCCAAAAAUAGAUGAGUUAAAAUUUUUAAUGGGUGGCUUUGGUUUCUCAAACAAAAGGGAAUUUUAUUGUAAUUUAAUACAAGGGUACGUUAAGUCAGGCAAUUUAGCAUCAGUUGAAUCGACAAUUCUUCAAAGUUUAAAAGACAGAGAUGACAAAAGUUGGACAUUUGGGGAAGAAACUUACUGUGUCGUUGUCAAGGGAUAUCUUCAAAAUGGACAUAUCAAGGGAUUAGCAAAUUUAAUUCUUGAAGCUCAAAAGUUGGAGCCUUCAGAUACUGUAGAUAAAUCUGUAGGUUAUGGUAUUAUUAGUGCAUGUGUUAACACUGGAUUAUCAAACAAGGCACACAGCAUUCUUGAUGAAAUGAAUAUUCUCGGAGGCUCUGUGGGUCUUGGGGUCUAUGUGCCUAUUUUAAAAGCUUACUGCAAAGAAAAUCGGACAGCUGAAGCCACUCAAUUGGUCAUGGAGAUUAGUAAUUCAGGUCUAAAAUUGGAUGUGGAAACCUAUGAUGCACUAAUAGAUUCAUCCAUGACCAGCCAAGAUUUUCAGUCAGCCUUUACAUUAUUUAGGGAUAUGAGGGAGGCAAGAAUUUCCGAUUUGAAGGUGAGUUACCUAACUAUAAUGACAGGUUUGAUGGAAAACCAUCGACCUGAGUUGAUGGCAGCUUUCUUAGAUGAGGUGGCUGAAGACCCUCGAAUUGAAGUUGGUACUCAUGACUGGAAUUCUAUCAUUCAUGCCUUCUGUAAAGCUGGGAGACUGGAAGAUGCUAGAAGAACAUUUAGAAGGAUGAUAUUCCUGCAAUUUGAGCCAAAUGAUCAGACAUAUUUGUCCCUAAUUAAUGGGUAUGUCUUGGCAGAGAAAUAUUUUAAUGUUCUUAUGUUGUGGAAUGAGGUGAAACGAAAGUUAUCAGCUGAUGGACAGAAGGGGAUCAAAUUUGACCACAGUCUUGUUGAUGCUUUCUUAUAUGCUAUGGUGAAGGGAGGUUUCUUUGAUGCAGUUAUGCAAGUUGUGGAGAAAUCUAAUGAGAUGAAGAUUUUUGUUGAUAAGUGGAGAUACAAGCAAGCAUUCAUGGAGACUCAUAAGAAACUCAAAGUGUCAAAGUUAAGAAAAAGAAACUUCAGAAAAAUGGAAGCACUUAUUGCUUUUAAAAACUGGGCUGGCUUAAAUGCCUGAAUCUGAAGCAACGCCUGCUUUGCUUCUUUAGCUUUGAAACUUCAUGUCUGGUAGACACACCACUCAAAAUCAGGGCUGAAGAUGAAUUUAGCGUCGGAUGUUCUUUCAAGAAGCUUAGGCUUGAUGGAUUUCAUAAACGCUUGCAGCAACCCAAGUCUGUUUGCCUGAUUGAAGCCACCUUGGGCUCAGAGGAUUCUUCUAACAAUUCAAGCUACAAAACUCACUUCUGCGGUCGCAUGUUAUGUGACUCGUUAUUUUGACGAUCUUCUGGAUUAGUUCUCAACUAAUCAUUACAUUUGGAGCCAAGUGUGGUUUCCUUCUCAUUCUUUCCUUUUCUUCUUUCCCCAUUUUUUUGGAGUUGAUAAUCCUCCUUGAUCAUUUGCUGGUUGACAUCUACCAGAUAUAAUUCUUAAAAGUUGAUGGUGUACAAAUGAAGUUUGCCAUGUUAUACGCUUGUGAAAUCUGCAGAUCGCUUUAUUUUUUUCCUUGUUCUGUGAAAGGAAUAUAAAUAAGUUAAUUUCGAUGAACAUCAGAUUGAUUA